UCGCAAUCGAGGCACAUGCGUAUCGGCCGCCAUUUGUUGUCACAGCGCAGAUCCAUCGAUCGGAAUAUUUUUGUGUUUUUCUCCGUUUACUGUGCAAUAAUCAGACAUAAAUUGCGUACCGGCAACACCAACAAAUCCCUAGCAUACAUUAAAGACUAUUUUUCCUCUGUUUUAAAGACAUUAAAGUGUGAAAAUUAGGUGGAAUGUCUACGAGUGUUGAACAGAGAGGAAAAGGUCAGCCAAACCAAGUAACAAAUGGCAAUAUUAAAGAUGGAGUAAAAGAGGAAGAAUUUGAUCCCUAUCUUCAACAACAACCGCCCAUGCAGGUAUUUGACCAGUCUUCGCAAAACGUGACUGGAUUUGGUUACGGACCAGGAACAAUGUCUAGCCCUUUAGCCGAUCCCUUUGUGCCCAGCUACUACAACCCCUCUAUGUUCCCCUCUUAUAUAGGCCAGGGACUGGGUGAUGGUGGGGCAUGGUCAAACGGUGGUGAUACGUCUGGCAUGUUCUCAACUGUUGGUGGUUAUGACUAUCACCAGAUGUUUGGGGGGUUUGGGUAUCCACAGUUCUGGAGUGAAUACCAGCCUAACGAGUACUGGGGUCAGAGUGGGACCCCACAGCAACAGGGACAGGGCAGAAAGGAUAAUCGUGGUUACGCUACUGAGGAUUACUAUCGUAUGGAUAACAUUGUGCAACAGGAUCCGUAUGGGAACAUGAACGGGGACAUGGAGCGCGAUCCAGCAAUGGCCAGCAUGGAGCAGGGACUAAAGACCAUGAACAUUACGAUGGAGAAUCAAAUGGAUGCUGGUGCACCAGCAAGUGAACUUUCGCACGGAGGUAUGGACCCAAAUAUGCAGCAAGGAAGUCUGCAGCAUUCAAACUCUAGUGGUAGUUCCCAGGCGCCUAAGAAAACGUCCUGGGCAGCCAUUGCUAGCCAGCCUGCGCGUCCUCAGCCUGUGAAGAACAGGUACAUCCCCAGGGCACCUGUGAAUCCAACUAAGCAGAACCUUGACAUUGGCACCUGGGACAGUAAUAAGAACGCUAGUGCUGGUGCUAGACCUCCCCCACCCAUGCAGCAGCAGCAAGCCAGGAACAACUGGGGCGCACCCAGGUCAACAAGGUCUGCCACUUCAUCCUCGUACAGUACCGUUAACUCGGGUGGGGCGAGUAAUACACCACCUGCCGUAGUGUCACCUGGGAAUGCUUCAGUUUCGACGGGAAGUGCAUCGUUGUCGAGUGCAGUAGACGACGCGCAUCCUGUUUUGGAAAUUUUAAAGUCGACGAAUCAGUACAAUCCCAAGGAGCUGACUCUGAAUACUAAAGGCGCGAGAUACUUUAUUAUAAAGAGCUACUCAGAGGACGACAUCCACCGCUCUAUCAAGUACAGUUUGUGGUGUUCGACCGAGCACGGCAACAAGCGUCUGGACACUGCAUUCAAGGAGCGCGAGGGAAAGGGCCCAGUUUAUUUGUUGUACAGUGUGAACGGUUCGGGCCACUUCUGUGGCAUUGCCCAGAUGAUGUCUACAGUAGACUAUAGCCAGAGUGCGGGUGUGUGGGCCCAAGAUAAAUGGAAGGGAAAAAUCGAAGUGAAAUGGAUCUAUGUUAAGGACGUGCCGAAUAGUCAGCUAAGGCAUAUCCGGCUUGAGAACAACGAGAAUAAGCCGGUUACGAACUCUCGGGACACCCAGGAGGUGCCCCCAGAGAAGGGAAAACAAGUGUUGAAAAUCAUUCACAACUACAAACAUACGACCUCCAUCUUCGAUGACUUUGGACAUUAUGAGAAACGCCAGGAGGAGGAUCAGGGCACACAGCCGAGGCCAAAGUCUCAAACGGGUCAGGGGUCAAGGCAGCCACGUCAGAACCACGACUGAACUGAUUGAAAAAGACACUGCGAUGCUGCCAUUGUGUAACAGUUAGAAACAAGUGUUAGAUAUAGUAGUGGCAGUGUUCUCAUCGAUGCUGAUCUAGCUGUGGUUUAUUCCCUAUCAUGCAUUUGUUGGAGUGGAUUUUUCUUUCUUUGUCAUUUAUCUACGUAGUUAUCUCAUUCAUUAAUACAAUUAUAGUCAAGUGUUUAAUCAUCCAGAAUUGAUCAUGGUUUUGCGCCUUUCUUCUUUUUGAAUUAUAAGAAUUUAUGCACAUAAGUGUGUUCUUUAAUUUUAUAUUGUAGAUUUGAAUUUGACUUUGAAUAUUUUGUAAGAUUAAAACAUAUUGGCAAAGAGAUCAGUAUGGUAUAUUGUAUUAUUGAUACAAAAGGUUAAAUAUCUUUUCAUUUGAUUUUUUUUAACCAUCUGCCUAUUUAAUAAAUAACACUUUUUUUCCUAUUAAAUCACAAACUGUUCUAAACACAGUUUCAUCAUAAAUUUAAGUAUUACAUGUCUGGGUUUUUUUCUUUAUCACUUUUUUGUUCAUGUGUAAUCAGCCCACAUACAUAUGUGUAGUGUCCAUUAUUUUAUCUCUUCUUUGAGAAACAGUCAUUUAACCGACAACAGUGGAAUGCUUACUUAGUAAGGUUUUUAAAUCGAAGAAACUAUCCAGUCCCACAUUACCAUUUACACAGUGAUGGUUACACAGUUAUAUAACAAUUUAAAUAUAAAAAACAUUUGUGUGCACUUGAGAUACAAUACACUGAUUGUGAAACAAUGACAGGUGAGAUGCAAGAUUUUACUUUUCAAAAACGUUUGUGUAUGAGAAGUUAGUGCUUUAAACAUGAUUCUCUUCAAAACUUGAGUAGUUUGGGCCCAUGAAUUGGAACAAUAGCAAGAGGGGUGAAAGGACACGUGAAGUGUGAAACUGGUGCUCAUUUGCAAGCGUAAAACUUCUGGUUGUAUGAAAUGCGAGGUGGAAGUUUUGAAGAAGAAUGACAGCUCAAAAAAUCUGUACUACACCCAUUAAAUGAUAAAACUUACUCAAACAGUGUUAACUGGUAUACUAAUGUAGUGAUGGUGCCAAUGAGGAAACAGUUGUCAUUAUAAAAUGUGUGGACCUACUAUGAAAUAAAGACUGUUCUUUACAGUGUAGCCUUUGUAUUGGAAAACACGCAACAAGAAAUGUGCAAAGUAGGGCUACAGAACUAAAUUGGUGUGUGUAGUGUUUUUUAAGCGCUUUUAUUAGUAAUGGAAGUUAACAAUAGACCAAUAUUUUAAUGCAAAAAAAGACAGACAAAAGACUGAUUUUUUAAAUUCUCAUGUGAUAAAAACUCCAAAUAUAGGUCAUCAACACUAAACAUUAGUGUGUAUUGUUUACCAUAUAGAGACUUCAAUAAAUUGUGUGUACAUGUUUAUAUGUAGUGGACAUGUGUUUUUUAUGUUUAUGAAUUGUUAAUAUAUAUUCACAUUUCUGGAAAAUAGGCAGUUUGCGCUACGAGAGUGGAGAUGUAGAGUAGACAGACAUGUCCACAGUGGCUCACGUCAUACAUGGUAGUCAAGGAAACAGACCAACUGUGAAGAAUUGGUUACUGGUGUGGAUUUUUGUCUACAAAUUUGACACCUUUUGUUGCUGUUGUACUUGGCUUCAUUUUUAUUUUAUGAACUCAUUUGCUUGAAACUGUGUUCUGCUGAAGCUAAGUCUCAUGAGUAUUUAGAUGAGUAAGUUAAUGGAGCCUUUUUGAUUUUCUCAAUGUCUUGUCAGAUUUUCUUAAUUGUUAAAAAAAUUGUUCGCAAUACAUAUUGAUACACACAUACCUUUACAGGUUUGGAUAAGUAAACAAAACAUGUCAUGCUUUGUGUAUGCAGGUAACAGUAUAUACACACAUGUACAAUAUUUCAUGUAUGUGGACAUGCUUUUCAUACAUGUACUAGAAAUUUUUCACAAGUCUGUCUGUCUGUUUCUGUGGAAUAGGAUACUUAUUCCUGGUUUGACUUAACUUUAGUGUGGUUUGAAUAUUGCAAAAUAUUGUUAUAUCUUGCAGGUCUUGCUGAGCUUCAACCAUUUAAAGGAUAUCAAAAAUCUGAAUUAAUUUUGUAAUUCCUUUAUACUUUUAAUUAAUAGUACACAAUAGAUGUGCAGAUUAAUUCAUUCAUCUGUUAACAUCAAUUUCAAAUCUUCUGAGAAAUGUUCUGUUUCACAUGACAUUUUUCUUAAGUGAUUAUUUAUGCUGUAUUUGAUUAAAUCUUCUAUGUUUUGUACAAUGUUAUGUGAUCAAACCACAAACAUCUUUUAAGGUGCACUUGGGCAAAUUUGUAAUGCCUGUUACAUACAUGCAAAUUGUAAAAGGCAGGCCUGCAAGGUCUUUCAAUGGUAACGUUAUUGGUGACAGCCAUUUCUGAUGCUGUUCUUUACUUUGUAAAUGCAGCAGUAAAAUAAUGAUUAUGGUAUUGAGAUUGUCAAGUUGCAAUUGUUUGAAAGACAUUAUGAACACAUAAUAUGUAUAUGUAGUGAACUAGGUUUUGUAUAUUACUGUAUAUUGCGAUAGAGAAACUUCUUCAUUAUGAAGCACUGGCUUUUGUUGUCAUGAGCCUUGUAUACACCUUGGCAUUUUUUCUUGACAACGUGAAAUGAACCUAUUUAAGUAUAAAUUACUAUCAGUUGACUACUAGUAGUUUGGCUUGGCGUGGCUAUUGAUCACACAACAGACUUCCAGAAUGUUUUUAUACUAGACGAGCAGCAAGCCAGAUUUUGAUAUGUAAUAAGCGCCGAUCAUACGCAAGGAUAUUGACAUUGAUGAUUCUCAUGUCUGCACCAAGUACCAUUGUUCAUUGGUUCCACGUUGCAAUGUCAUCAACAGCCUCAGAUGUGUUUGCCCCAAUAUUCAUUCGUUCAGUUAAAGUGAACAUUUUGAGUUUACCUAUUUCUCAAUCUCAUUUUCACAAUCUUGUGUCAUGUUGAACUUGCGCUGUUGCUAACCACCCUGUUGUGUUGUUUUAACAACGUUUUUUUGGCAAACCUGUAUAGUUCGGUAAGGUUUUAAGCAAUCUUUAUUAACAAGUUUUAAUUAUUCACAAAAUGUUCACAAUAAUCAAUAUCGGUCACAUUUUUUGUUGCUUUCAUGACUGCUUCAUCAUGUAGUGAUCUUGAAAUAAAGUCAAUUUAUCACCCAUUUUCAUUGAUAUAAAUGUAUACAUGCAAGAAACUUUCAAAAACAA